AUGGGUCAAAAACAAUCAAAAAAGGAGAAGAAACCUCCCUCUUCUUCUCAAAGCGCACAGACAAGUGCAUUUAUUUCAUCCGUGAGUGGAGAUGUGGGUGAUGACUUUGCAAUGCUUCCUGCAAUACUGGGAAGCAAUAAGAAAAAUGCUCGAUUUCAGCAGCAGCUAAAGGCCAUGCAAGUGAGAUUGGACCGAUACAAAAAGGAUAUGGAGCUUAUUUCAAAAACUCAUCUUUCAAAAGAUGAAUUUAGAUUGUUGAGGAGUUUGUUCACUUCGUUCUGUAAGGAAUGCCUCAAUGUGCAAGAGCCAUCCACAAAAAAUCAAGCACCAUCACAACCAAAGCAGAAAACAUCAGAAGAUUAUUCUUUAUAUCUCACACGAGAAGAAUGCUACAAAGUAUUCUUUCCUAAAAUAGAGCACACGCAAACAAUUGGUGACAAUGUUGAAAGAAAUGAUACUUCUAUUUCAAUACAAACAACUUUCGAAGACAUUUAUACUGAAGAAGAAAGAGUAGUGUUGAACGCAUUAUUUAACGCAGCAUGUGAUUUUAAUAAGAGAAAUUUACUUACAUUCCAUCGAUUCGUCAUGACCAUUAGCGCCAUGUGUAGAGGCACAUUCGAAGAAAAAGUUGAGUGGACUUUUUCAUUUUACGAUUACAGUCAUGAAGGAUAUAUUUCCAAAACAAAGCUCUUGACACUGAUGAAGGCUCUAAAAUCUAUGGAUAUCUUAAAGUUAAAACAAUCUCCAAGACCUAAAAGCCCAAUAACAACUCCUGAAGAAGAGCUCGAGCAAAUAGUGGAAGAAUUCUUUGAUUGCGCCAAAAAGGCACAAAAUGAAAGUACGCUUUUCAAAAAAGUGAACUCAAAUAGUUCCGAAUUUAUUUCACAGGAUCGUAUUGAUUUACAUGGUUAUAGCUUAGCCUGCAAAGAGAACGCCACAUUUUUGAACGCAUUAGGAAUUGUCGAAACUUUCUUUAUUCCAAUUUUAAAACCAAUCAACGACUUUGUGAAUUGUGACAAUCCGUAUGAAAUUGAAGGAUCUCUCUUCGUUGCCACUACUGAUGAAACCGAGAAAGAGAUUUUUUAUUCCGCAAAUACUAGGUCUGAAAAUAAUUUAUUCAAAAGAUUUUUAGUCGACAUUCGAGGAGGCUUAUUGAACGGAUACUCUAGCAUUACUGCAGAAAACCAAAAAAAGAGAGCGUUUAGUGUUGAUUUGAGGAAGAUAGACGCCAUAGAGAAUGAAACUCAAAUUGUCUCAAUACCCUUACUUGAAGAAAUGAAAAAAGAAGAGAGUAUUAUGACUAUAACUGAUGAAAUCGGAAAUAACGGUAGCAACACUCUAAAUGUUCGCAGAGUUUCACACAAACGAACCAGCUCGUUUCCUAUGAAACCUACUCAUGCUAUCGUUUUGUCUCCUUCUUUCAGCAUUACUAUUUCUAAAUCUAUUUAUGAUGAAAUUUUUGAACAAGAUAUCGAGAUAAAUAAUAUAAAUGAACCAACUAAUAAUAAGAAAGAAACUAACGAGAAAAAGAAGAGCCAGAAAAAAGAUCUCAAUGAAAAGAAAAAGAUUAUAUUUAUUGCUGAUAGUUCUGAAAUGAAAAUGCUUUGGAUUUUCACCAUACUUAUGUAUCACCUAGAUCACCGAAAAGGUAUUGAAGGAGAGGCCUGCAGAUUCAAUUCGUUCUCUCCAGAGAGACAAAAAGUACGAGCAAAAUGGUAUGUGGAUGGAAAAGAUGCCUUCUCAGACAUUGCCAUUGCUAUUACUUUGGCAAAGGAAGAAAUUUUCAUCGCUGAUUGGUGUCUACAUCCAACCAUGUACUUAUUAAGAGGAUCUGGUAAAGAAGUCGCAGACUCUAGGCUUGACAUUUUGCUCAAAAAGAAAGCCAGUCAAGGUGUGAAAAUUUACAUCUUGCUGUGGAAUGAGACAACUCUUGCAUUUCUCAACCUCAAUACAAAACGAACAAAAGCUUACCUCAAAAGCCUCUACCCUAAAAACAUUUUUGUAAAAACUCACCCCAAGAAAUAUCCUGCAGAAUGGUCACAUCACCAGAAACUUGUGGUAAUAGAUCAAUCUAUUGCCUUCCUUGGAGGAUUAGAUCUUUGCUAUGGAAGGUGGGAUGACUACCAUCACAACAUUACAGACAUGAACCAUUCUAACUGUAAAUAUCCCGGAAAUGAUUACAACAAUCCAAAUAUUGAACCUCAGUAUAAAAGUGUAGAUAAGCUGGACAAUUUCAAAGAUUGUAUAGAUAGAGAAUACGUUCCUCGUCAAGCAUGGCAUGACAUUCAUUGCAUGGUCACCGGAUUGUCCGCGAAGGAUUGUUCCUUCAACUUUGUAGAGAGAUGGAAUUUUGCUUUUAAAAACUCUGAAGGGUCCAAGCACAAACUACUGACCCUUAAAAAUCCAGGGAAAAACCUAUUGCUGGAAUAUUAUGACAUCAAACAAAGAAGAAAGAAAAUACCAAUCAUUAACCCGUUUCAUUUAAAUGACGCACUACAAACCACUAAUACCAAUGAUAAUACAUUAUCGGAAAGCAACCCAAGCACUGCUAAAGAAAUAUUCAAGAGCAAACUUUCUGAACUAGACCCAAGAAACAGAAGAAAGAAAAUUGAAGAAGAAGAAGAUAAAAAGUUAGCACAAAUUGAGCAAGAUUUGAAAGAGAAAGUGGACGAAGAAUUUGCAAGACAUCAAAUUUUAGCCAAAGAAUCCGACACGGAUGCAUCUGAUAUCGAACCCUCUUCACCGGCUCUUCAAAAACAACAAGGAAAUACUAUGGCAGAUGAAGGUACUCCUUCUCGAGAUUUAAAAAUUGAUGUACACAAACACAAACACAAACACAAAAUUACAACAAAAACUAGAUCGAAGAAUAUUGUGACAACAGACAGUCCAAAACACAAAAAAGAUGCUUUGCAAAGAAAAAUUAAGAAAUUUCAAUGUGCUGAUGAAGGUUACCUGUGCAAUGCUCAGGUGGUGAGAUCACUGUGCAAAUGGAGUGGUUCCCCAAGAGAUGAACAAAGUAUAUAUGCUGCAUAUCUCUACAUGAUUGACAAUGCUAAGCACUAUAUUUACAUUGAAAAUCAAUAUUUUAUUGGAUCAGGUUCUGAAGUAGCAAAGAAUGUAAUUCCAGAGUAUAUUUCAAGAAAAAUUGUCGAAAAGAUGAAACAGAGGGAAGUUUUCCGAGUCAUGAUUGUUUUACCUUCUCAUCCAGAGGGCAAAAUUACAAAUCCAACUACACAGCAGGUCAUGAAAUAUACAUACAAGACAAUUAAGCAUGGUGCAAAUUCCAUGUAUUCGUACAUCAAGAAACACGUCCCAGGAGCCACCGACAGUGAAAUAGAAAAUUAUCUUUCAUUUUGUACAAUAAGGAAUUAUGGAUUUCUGAAUUGUGACUGGAGAAGCUCCAUGGAGGAAGCAGAUAUAACGAAAUUAGGAAAUUAUCAAGAUUAUUUGGAUGAGGAUGAAACAAGUGACGACUCAUUUAGCAAUCAUAGCGACAAAUUUAGAGCAUUGAUGAUUAUGAAAACAACAGACACUGGAAAAAAAGCUGUCACAGAACAUAUUUACGUUCACAGCAAGUUGAUGAUCGUAGAUGAUAAUAUUACCAUUAUAGGUAGUGCAAACAUCAAUGACAGAAGCAUGUUGGGCACACGAGAUAGUGAGAUUGCUGUUGUGAUACAAGACCAUCCUUCUAGCACCAUCAACACAAAGAUGAACGGGAAAAGUUACAAGUCUGGCAAGUUUGCGCAUAGCCUCAGAAUUCGAUGUUGGAGAGAGCAUUUAGGUCUACUUCCAUCACAAAAUGAAAAAGAAGAUGAAGAACUGAGCGAUGAAGAGCUUCAGAGAAAGAUCUCUGAAAGUGAACAUGAAGUUGUAAAUGACGACGAAUCAGAUGAUGCAAACAUUUUCAAUUUGAAAAAUUUGAACAUCAACAAGAACAAGACUUGGAAAAAGUGGCAACGACAAAGACUCGAAAACAAAAUGAAAAAGCUCAUUCGAAAUGACCCUAUUUGUGAAGAGACAUUUAAGGGAGUUUGGUUAAAAACUGCGAAACACAAUACAGAUAUCUAUGAAGCAGUGUUUCCAGAUACGCUCAUAUCCAACAAAUUCUCAACUUUGGACGAGUAUUUAGAAAGCUCAAAAAUUGUUGCCAAUGAAAAAGAUCAAACCAAAGAAAGUGACAAUGAAAAUUUGAAGAAAGAAAAAUCCAAGAAAAGCUUUGUGAACGUUUCUGCCAUAUCCUCCACAAGCAAGAAAGCCAAUAUGGAUGAAGAAGAACUUGUGAUUGAGGAAGAACGGCCUAAAACUGCUCCGCCACAACAAGUAGGAUUAUCCUCUAAUGAAAUGCCACAAUCCAAUCAAGAACAGGAUGAAUCUCCCACUCAGGAUGUUACAAGAGAACAUCGCUCUAAAAAGGCAAAAGAUCUUGACUCCUCUCUUUCUGAGCCUGAAAAGAGAAAACUUUUGAAACAACUGAAAGGAAAUUUGUGUCUGUUUCCACUUAACUUUGCUUCAAAAGACACCUGGUCCAAACCAUUCCAUGUCUCAGUUGCUGUGGGUGAUAAUAUUUUUGUGUAA